GUCGCGUUGCCGAGGCGGCGAUGCCGCGUUCUGAACUACAGCGUCGCUAAAAUGGGACCAGUGGGGAUUUCUUUAUAAUGGGCAAACCGAAGGAUUCCUGUGAAGCGUGGCAGCUCACCCUCGCCUGUUUUGCCGGCGUGUCUGCCCUCUACCUGCGCUGUACGCAGCGUUCAGUGCCGGGCGGAGACUCAGGAGAGCUGAUCACUGCUGCCUGCGAGCUUGGGGUGGCCCACCCUCCAGGGUACCCUCUGUUCACUUUACUUGCUUACCUGGCUUCUAAACUAACUUUCUUGAAUUCUCCAGCAUAUUGUGUCAACUUGCUUAAUAGCCUGCUGGGUGCAAUGUCGAGUGCUGCCCUGUGCUUUGCAACUUACAGGCUUACAAACUUUGCUCCAAGUGGGAUAUUAGUAGCAGGGUGUUUUGCCAUGUCUCACCUGGUCUGGCAGUGGUCUAUGGUGGCAGAGGUUUUCUCUCUGAACAACCUCUUUAUUGGUCUGCUGUUCUCUCUUACUGCCUGUUUCCACACUGCAAACUCACAGGAACAAAGAGCAAAGUUUUCCAGACUAGGUGCAUUUUGCUGUGGACUAGCACUCUGCAAUCAACAUACCAUUGUCAUCUAUGUGAUAGUCAUUUGUCCCUGGGUGUUAAUUAGGCUGUUAAUGAUGAAGGAACUUUCAUUUGGUCUUAUGGUUGAGCUUGGGUUAUGUUUCCUAGCUGGACUUUUCCCAUAUAUUUACUUGGCAGUGUCAUCGUUCAUGAACAGGGCCCGCUGGAGCUGGGGAGACCAGACCUCAUUUCCUGGAUUCAUGACACAUUUACUGAGGUCUGAAUAUGGAACAUUUAGUUUGGCAAAAACAGACACAGAAGGACAGAUGAUGAAAAUUAUUCUAGCCCAAUGGAAUCACUGUGUGAAGGACCUUUCUCUGCCAGUUCUAACUCUGGCAGCCACAGGAUUGGUUAUGACCUUCUUUAGGAGGAAAUACAGCUAUUACUUAGUAUCAUGGAUACUAGCUUCAAUGUUCAUUGUGUAUUCCAUGUUUUUUGCCUGGAGAGCAAACCUAGACAUAAGCAGACCCCUUUUCCUUGCAGUGGUGGAACGGUUCUGGGUGCAGAGUGAUGCAGUUUUAUGUGUUCUGUCUGGGCUGGGUUUAGCCUCUGUUUGCAAGGAGCUGGAAAAACUCUUUGGCAACUUUAGAAUUUGGAAGAGUGUAGCCUGGAUCUUCACCCUUGGCUUCAUUGUUCACCAUGCUCACCUCAAUUUCAGGUUCUGUGACCAGAGUGAUAAUUUCAUAGUGGACAGCUUUGCACGAAAUAUUCUAGCCUCCAUUCCAAAUGGUUCCAUCAUCCUUACCCGUGGAGACUUACCGGGUAACUCGAUGCGUUACCUGCACUACUGUGAGGGCCUAAGACCGGACCUCGCUCUUGUGGAUCAGGAGCUGAUGACUUAUAACUGGUAUGUUCCAAAGCUUGGUCCACACCUUUCUGAUGUUCAUUUUCCUGGAAGCAGAUGGAAUUUGGUUUCCACUGAGCAAAAAAGAACAUUUAACUUACAUAAUUUCUUCUCCUCCAAUAUCCAGCGAGGGAUAUUCAUCUGCAUUGGCCUGCCAGAUGAGGACCAGACAUGGCGGAAAGACUUCAUGCAGGUGCCCUGGGGUGUGUGUGACAGAAUCAUACCUUCCACAGCUCAGUUUGAUCCAGGGAAGUGGGCCCAGCUUACUCGUCACCUCUACAACUGGACCACACCUCACAACAGCACUUUUCCACCAGGAUCCUGGGAGGAAGUUGUCAACACUGAGAUGUGGCAGUCGAGAAUAAAAAUGCCGUUCUUCCUGUUCGACCUAGCUGAGAAACAAAACAAGCAAGGCAAAAGUCUGGAGCAGCUUUAUGAACUAUCCUACAUGCUGUACCAUGAAAUUGUAAGCAAGUUCAAGAACCACCCAGUAAACUGGCACAAGAACCUGGCAUUGGCUUGUGAGAGACUUUUGCGAACAGGUUCAAAGACACAUGACCCAGAGAAUCUGCUUUCUGAAAGCAUACACCACUUUAGGCUUUAUCUGAAAGGGGAGCCUGAGGAUCCUCAGAGGUCUGCUAUAAUUGAGGCUAUCCAUCAUCUGAAGAAGGAGCGAGAACGCCUUCAUGAGCUAAAGAAGGACAGAGAAUCCAUAUAGAUGUUCCAUGUUUGCUCCAAAUGUUUAUAAUGAUUUAGCAAAGGAAAUCUUUAUCAUGGUGAAAACUUUAAAAAUUAUGAUAAAACAAACAGGGCUAAACAUGUUUGCUCACUGCUGUUCAGGGUGACUUAAGGCUUUAGUGAAACUUUAAAAAUCACCACCAUCUUUGGUUCUAAUUCUGGUGUCAUCUGAAGAAUUGAUUCAUUUUAAGUGGGAGUUGCACUACAACAGCUUAUGACAUAAAGUUUUUGCUGUGACUUUUUUUUACCUUUACAAAAUGGAAAAGUGUAUAAAAGUUCAUCAGAUUUUCUGUCUCAGAAUGUAGUGGAAACACAGACAUCCUGGUCCAGUAUUGCUCCAUUACUUUGAAGGUGCUAAAUUCACUUCCAGGAAUGAAGGUGCUAAUUUCAUGGAUAUGCCUUAAUGUUUGCAUCCAAAGAGUCUUUUAAGAGAAAAAGGGCACUUAUGUUUAGUUCCUUUUCUAGAAAACAUCUGUUUAUAUUGCUAAUAAUUGUUUUUUCAUCAAUUGGAAUGAUGGGAAGUGUUUUGUUCAGGCAUCUUUUAUCAUAAAUUGAUCAAAACAAACCUCCAUUGAAGAACUGCUCCAUUUUAUUAGUCAUUGCAGUUUUUGUUCACAAGAUGUAUGUAAACAUGUCUCUGUUCUUUGAAGUGGUCACCACCAUAAUGAAACCCUUGGCUACUCUUAUUUGAAGACCUACAUUGUUUUUCUACUGCCUAUCUUUUUAUGACAGGGUGUCUCAGAAUGAAGAGGUAUAAAAUAUCUUGACACCCAUCACAUCUAUUUUUGCGGAUCUAUUAAUGUUUGUAUAUUUAACUAUAUAGACUUACAGACUGCACCCUCAACCUGUGUAUUGGUGGAAUGUAAAAUUCAAACUUGAUCCCAUUUGUUAAACCUUCAACAAUUUAAACUAUGACACAUUGCUCUAUACUGAUUUUCAUAUAUUAGUUAUUUUCAGUCAUUUUAGUUCUAUAGCUUUAAGUGAUUAGUCCUUAUAGACCAAGACAAUAGAUCAAAAUCCUUUCUCUACCAUCUCAUAUUCUUUAGUUACCUCUGUUGCUGAGAUAGCAGAUGCUAGUGAACAAACCGUAAAGAAACAAAGAAUGGAUUAUUUAACAUAAGGUGCGUUAUUUAUGGCUUUUAAAGGUACUGAUAUUAGUUUAUGUUCUGUUUUUGUCUCUUGGCUCAAUUUGUUUUAUUGUCUUUCCUUCCUGUUAUCACUGUCAGAGAGCCCUGGAUAUCCAUGCUUGACAAGGUCAGCCGUUGUGUGUCCACAUAGCAGGCAUCCCACUAGUAUCCUCUAAACCUCAGAAUUUGGAUCUUUACAUAGCGCCAAAAAAGUGCUUAAUUUCCCAGAAAUCGACACUCCAGGGUGCCUUAUUUCGGCAGAAAUGGGGAGAUUAGCAGGCUGGGAGUUAAGCUGGUACGGGCUGGAAAUGACUCGCUUCGUGUUUGCACUUAAACAGCUCUCAGUGUCGCCUCUAUCUCGCUCCUCGUCCUUUUAAACAUUUCAAACUAAUGGAUUUGAUGUUUUUGACUCCCCUCUAAUCCCUUCUACUAGGAAUUAAAAGAAUAAUAAAAUUGAAGAGACAUACCCUUUUAGAGAGAGAAAGAGAGAGAGACAUCGCGGAUCAGUGCCAUGUGCCAGGCAAUCUCCACUCUGGGAGGUACACAUGUUGUCAUGAUCGGUGAAGGAAGUGUACUAUAACAGCUCAGCGGUGAUGAAACCAGAACCCCAUGUUCCCUGCCUGAGUCUUAUCAAUAGCAAGAGUGACUGUAACUGACUUAGAUAAACAAACAAAACUUGUCAUCAUCGUAAUGGAGUAGAACAAAGUGGAUGUGCUAUAUGUACUGUUACCUGAUUGAAGCCUGUUGUGGUUGUUUUUCCAGUAUAAUAAGAUCGAUAUUUAUAGUUAGAACUCCAAAAAAAUGCUGAUUAUUCUUACUGGCAAGACAUGCACAUAGAUUUGAAUACCGUUAUUCAUUUUAUGUGAUAACAUGUAUGUCUUGUGCAAAAGGUCCUUUGCAUUCAUAUGACUCACAAAAAAAGUCACUCCACAUUCUAGUUAGCAUAAAUGUCUGCCAUAAAAAUCAGAAUGGAGACAUGCGUUUUCUCAGCACACAUUGAAGGGCACCCACCCAGAUGAAAACACAGGUCAGCAACUAAACAUGCACUUUUUCUACAAAGUAUUUAAAGAAAAUGGUCUCUGUCAUCCAGGGAACACCAAAAAGGAAGUACAAGGAUACAUCCCAUCCUGUCUGUGUUCAUGUUAUCUUAAAACUGGCUUACACUCUGACAUACACCUACAACAUCUCAUCCUCUGCAUGUUAUCUGCAAGGAGGCUUUUGUUAUAGUGAUAUUUACUGCAUGUGAGUAGAGUAUGGUGAAAAAGUAAAUUCAGUUGUGCUGAUCUCAUUGAA